AUGUUUCCUGCAUCGAUCCCGGACUGGAACAAUCUCAAAGUCCUCCAUCGAAACACACUACCCCCUCGAUCUCAUUUUUACAACUAUCUCGACGAGAAAAGAGCCCUUUCCUUUGACAGAACCCAAAGUGAAUACCGAUCCCUUAAUGGACAGUGGAAAUUCCGUCAUGAUAUUUCGCCUUAUCAGGCUCCUGCGUGGGACGCUGUCGACCCAUCAGCUUGGAAUGAGGUGAAAGUCCCAGGAAUGUGGCAGCUCCAAGGGUAUGGAAAGCCACAAUAUACCAAUGUGGACUACCCAUUCCCCGUGGAUCCGCCCAAUGUCCCCCACCUCAAUGAAACCGGGUCUUAUUGGAGACAGUUCACAGUUGCCAAGGAAUGGACAGACAAGCAGGUCAGAGUCCGUUUUGAAGGCGUGGAUAGUGCUUUCCAUCUCUGGAUCAACGGGAAAGAAGUUGGGUACAGUCAAGGCAGUCGUAACUCUUCUGAAUUCGAUAUCACUUCAUUCCUUGUCGAUGGGGUAAAUGCAAUAGCUGUGAGAGUUUACCAAUGGUGUGAUGGCUCAUAUAUCGAAGAUCAAGACCAGUGGUGGCUUUCUGGGAUCUUUCGCGAUGUCUGCCUGAUCGCAUUUUCUCCAAACAGUGUCAUCGAUUUGACGGCUGUUGCUGAUCUUGAUGGCACUCUCUCUGUGGCGACUCUUCGAACGAGCAUUGUAGUCCAGGGUUCAAGUGGGAACUGGCAGGUCAAGUUGUUGGACUCGACCGAGAAAUUGGUUGGCAGUGGCGAGCGGGACUCCAGGAACUCAAUUUCUCUCACUGUCAAGCCUCGCUUAUGGUCCGCCGAAGAUCCUGUACUGUACACCCUUCUCAUCUUCUUUGGCCAGCAGACUAUUUCUCAAAGAAUCGGCUUUCGAAAAAUCGAGUCAAAGGGCGCCAAUUUCCUAGUCAACGGAAAACCGAUCACCUUCUACGGUGUAAAUAGACAUGAGCAUCAUCAUCUAUUUGGAAGAGCUGUGCCAUAUGAGAACAUGAAGGCAGACUUGGUCCUCAUAAAACAGCACAAUAUCAACGCGAUCAGGACGUGCCAUCAACCCAAUGAUCCUCGUCUGUAUGACCUCUGCGAUGAGCUUGGAUUGUACGUGAUCGCAGAAGCAGAUCUCGAGUGCCACGGCUUCGACCCUGUGGAAAGAAGGAAAGUGGACAUCCCAGGCCUCUCAGACUCUGAAUUGAUGGAGGAAACAUACAAACGAGCCAAGGUAUGGACGACUGACAAUCCCGAAUGGCGGGAGGCAUACCUGGAUCGUGCAAUCCAAUUGGUGGAACGAUACAAGAACAACCCAUCCAUCAUUCUCUGGUCUAUGGGGAACGAGGCAUUCUACGGCUCCAACUUUGUAGAAAUGUAUGAUUGGAUCAAGAAGAAAGACCCUUCCCGACUUGUCCACUACGAAGGAGACAGAGAGGGGAUUUCGACCGACCUCUACAGUGUCAUGUACCCCAGCAUUGAGGAUAUGAUCAAGCUGUUGAACCAAAAGUCAGAUCGACCCUGGAUUAUGUGUGAGUAUGGUCAUGCCAUGGGCAAUGGGCCGGGCGGGCUUCAAGAAUAUAUCGCUCUCUGCCGAGAGCAAGAGCGAUUACAGGGGGGCUUUAUCUGGGAAUGGUGCAAUCACGGUCUUCUCACCCAGGAAGAUGGGACACCAUUCUAUGCCUACGGUGGUGACUUUGGUGAUGUUCCAAACGAUGGCGACUUCGUGAUGGACGGACUGGUUACUUCUGAUCACUCGCCCACACCUGGACUACUGGAAUACAAGAAAGCCAUCGAGCCGGUCGACAUCACAUAUCGCAAUGGAAAACUCCACAUUCAAAACUGCUUCGACUUUGUGGAUCUCAGUCAUCUGAUCUGCCACUGGAGUGUUUUGGGCGGUAGCGAAUCCAGUGAACUGGUCGAGUUACCUCUGCCUCAGAUACGUGCGGGAGAGACAGCGUAUCUCGAGCUCCCAUUAGACCCGGGCGCUCAGUCAACGGAAGGGUGGCUGACUGUGGUGUUUACACUCAAAGAAGCCACUUCGUGGGCAAAUCAAGGACAUGAAGUGGCAUGGGCCCAAAUUCCACUUUUGGCAGCCGAAGAAAACAAGGUCAAUGCAGCGCAACCUGCUGAAGAUUUUAGUCUGACAGAGAAAGACGGAUUCUUGCGCAUCAAUAGCCUCAAAGGUAGAUCUGAGUUUCAGCUUGAUCUUGUUCAGGGGAACCUCACAUGGAUCAAAAAUGGUAUCCCUGUGUUUAAAUCCGGACCGGAGCUGAGCAUUCAACGCGCCUUGACACAAAAUGACAAAGGCUUCGGAGGUGAUGCCGCAGAAUGGGCUAAUUUCUUUGUUCAUCUCACAAAAACGCACGUUCGCAAGGUAACAUGGAAGAAUGUGCCUAGCCAGCCUGUGCUCAUUACGGUCCACGUUCGAGUCGCACCUCCUAUCCUUGAAUGGGCAGUUGAAGGGGAGCUUCAAUAUGGGAUCACCGGUGCAAGAUUAACUAUCACGACCAAAGGGAGUUUCGUUGGACACCAUCCUACGGUAAUCCCACGAAUUGGUCUGACCAUGACUCUUGCAAACGGAUUCGAUUCAUGCACUUGGUUGGGCCGUGGCCCUGGGGAGUCCUACCGUGACAAGAAGGAGUCGACCAAGUUUGGACUCUAUCGCAGCACUAUUGAGGGUCUCUCUAUCGAUUACGAAUACCCUCAAGAGAAUGGAAAUCACACUGACACCAGAUGGGUGAAGAUCCAUUCCAAGGAAGCGAAUGUUUCCUUGGAGGCGCGAAUGUCAGCACCCUUUGACUUUACUGCUAGACACAGUACGGUCCAGGAUCUGGACAAUGCUGCGCAUCCUCAUCAGCUUUCUCGAUCCCCAAACACCAUAUUGAACCUGGACUAUGCCCACAAUGGUAUUGGUACCGGAAGCUGUGGGCCAGGACCACGCCCAGGCUACAGACUCUUACCAGAAGCAUUCUCCUUUACUACAACCCUCAGCCUGAGCGACAAAAAGGAAUGA